AAUUCUAAGAAGAUAUGUUCCUCUGUUCUAUUCACAUCAUUCACCACUACAGUGCUCCUACCCUUGGGUCUGGGUGGGGAGAGAGUAGUUUGAAAAACUACAGAAGUUUAGGAAGGGUCAUGAAGAACACUGCCAGUGACACUUCAGAGAGAGGGUUACACCGGGCAGAAAUCAAGCCAACAAAAACAUUUAGUCAGGAAAUGUAACUUGAAAUUGACUCCUCUGGAAAUUGCCAUAGAACGUUUAAUGGACUUCAUCGGUUGAACCUGGGAUCUGGUGAAUCCCACAAAAAUCAGCACAUGCUACAGAACAGAUGCCCUCAUCACCAAGGACUUGGUACUUAUUUAGAGAGAAGAGAGCAGCCUCUAGCAGCAUCAACAUGUAUUUGUUGCUUAUUUCCCCUGCAGCAAAUCACCUGCCUUUCCUUCUUCCAUCCUGUAAAUAUCUGAGGUUUUGUUCUAGUGUUUCCCAUCCCAGUACUGACCUAAUUUGGAUCUACUGAGAACUUAAGGAGUUCUGGGAGGAAAAGGUUAUUUGUACUGACUGAUAAAAUUAGUUUCAAAGGCUCCUGUGCCUUUCUUCUUUCUGAAACCUGUGUCUUUGAAUUGUUUUUACAAGUUUCUCAUCAAAAUCUUGUGAAUCUAAAUUCUUUGAUUACAAAUAUUUUAUAUAUUUGGCUUCCAUUUGACCUCAAUAGAUAAUGUUAACUUUAAUUGGCACUUUUCUCAAGAGGUAAUAGCAACUAACAUUGCUAAUUCCAGGGAAAGUGUUUCUUUUACUUGUAAAAAUUUUCCUGAAUUAAAGCAGUCAUGACAGUUUAUGUACAUUAAAGUAAGAUUUUGCUUUUUAAAGUAUGUCUUGGGUCCAGAGCAAUGGUGCAUGUCUAUAAUCCCAGCUAUUUGGAAGACUGAGGCAGGAGGAUCACUUCACCCAAGGAGUUUGGUGCCAGCCUAAGAAACAUAAUGAGGCUCUGUCUUAAACAAAAAAGCACUUGGGUAUAAUAGCUACUGUGUAUUGAGUUCUUGAUACUUUCCAGUUACUAUUCUGUGCACUUUAUAUGUUUUAUCAUGUUUAGUUCUUCCAUCAGUUCCUUGAGUUUUCUGGAUAUGCCACAAAAGGAUCCAUGUCAGAAACAAGCCUGUGAAAUACAGAAAUGUUUACAAGCCAACAACUAUAUGGAAUCGAAGUGUCAGGCUGUCAUCCAAGAACUUCAUAAGUGUUGUGCUCGAUAUCCCAAGGGAAGAUCUCUUGUCUGCUCAGGAUUUGAGAAAGAAGAAGAAAACCUGACACUAAAGUCUGGAUCCAAGUAAAGUUGUGUUGAGAAGUUAAAUUCUGCUUCAUGUUUCCCUUAAGUAUGUUUUAUUUACUACCCCUUCUCCAUGCCAGGUAGCAGCAAAUAGCAAAUGAAAAAGUCAAUUGUAAGAGUUAGCAAAUAUGCCAUUUAUGCAAAAUAGACCAAAAUAACCUAUGUUAGAAAAUAAAUAUGUGUAAUGUAAAAGGGAGCUGCUAAAAUAAACCUGUUUUACGUGAAAA